AUGAAGCAGGAUGGGCCGAGGAGUCAUUGUUGGGAGUGCCGCCGACGGACGUUGGUCUGUGACUUUAACUUUCCUGAAUGUGGUCGUUGCACGCGGUCGGGAAUCACAUGUCCUGGGUACGGUGUGAAACCAGUCAGACUUAGAUGGCUCGCUCCUGGACAGGUCAAGGCUCGCAAUCGAAAGCGUCGCGUCGAUGACAAGGAAACGGCCGAGGUUCAAGCUGCAUCCCCUGUCGCAAUAGAUAUUCCUCGCGGGGUUGGCACGGAUGUCCAUGUGUUUAUGAGGGCAGCGGACUACUACAACACCCGCAUAUAUCCAAAUCUGUUGCCGAUGCUCGAACUCGAUCCAAAUGGUGCCAUUUAUCCUAUUACCUCGACAAUUUUCCAGCGAGGUCUAGCAUCUCCAGAUCACAGAAGACUGGCCCUUGUUUGCAUGUCUCUUAACCAUCAGAUCAAUCAGUGCAAGAUGGCCCUCGAGAGUCACAACUUGUGCACGGAACUUUUGCACUACCGAGGUAUAAUGAUCCGAUCGCUAAGAGAUGACCUAAAAGCACAGGAAAAGUGCACCAGUGACCUCGUCAUAACGGGAAUGUUGAUUCUUUUGCUCCUAGAUGCACAGCAAAGAACUCCGGCUGACUGGCGAUGUCACCUCGAAGGAGCAUACAAAGCUCUCGUGCUUCGGGGUGGUUUAUCUACACUCACCGAAUCGACAGGUGUAGGGCCGCUACUCCGAUCUUGCAUUUUCAUAGCGGUUCUUGGGGAUACCACAUCGCACGCCUCAAAUUUGCCUGCCUCCUACAUUCACUAUCAGCAAGUGGAAUCCAUGAUUCAAGGGUGCGGACAUAACUAUUUGGCUCUUCACAAGUUCCCGCCUGAAUUAUUUGCCCAACUCGUCACAAUCGGCCAUCUUCGAUUCAGAGCCACGAAUCCCCACGAGGAGCCAAGAGGCACAGACAAUAUUCUUCAAGAGGCUCACAAUGUACUUCAAAACAUCCAAUGUUUCUCACCUGGGCAAUGGGCGGAGUUGAAACCUAGAUCAACGGCAGACUGGGCCUUCAUAGGAAGGGUGUAUCAAGCUGCCACCAUAAUCUACUGCAUUUCAUCACUACAAAGCCUGUCGGUACUGCCAUCAACUUCUUCACUACAAAACAGCUGCCUUAUGCAAAGCGAACUUCUACAGAGUCUCCUCGAAGAAGGCUUGUUGGUCCCAAAACUCCGAUGGUUCUUGUUGUGGCCACUUGUCAUACUGGGCACCCAAGCAACUUCCGGCGAUUAUACAGUGAGACGUAUAUUUGUCCAAAACAAACUGUCUGAGAUGAGUCGAUUUAUGGGCGUGUCUAGCCCGUUGGCGGCAAAGGAUGUCCUAGAACGAUUUUGGGCGUCCGGCAAGGCAGGUUGGGAUGAUUGCUUCGACAAGCAGUACGUCUUUACCUCCCAGAUUGCUUUAAAUGUCGGCUCGCCGAAAUAG